AUGUCGUCGGAAGAAAAAGGCGAGAUUCAUACGCCCGACAAGGAGGUGCUGGCGCCACCUGCCUUCGACGCCCACGAUGGGGCGACGGGCCCAGUGCGGGACGAGGACUUCCUCACGCGCAAUGGCUUGACCUUGAAGUCGUUCCAGAAGCGCGAUGUAGGCGGCGGCGCAAUCGACACGCUCGACCGGAGCAUGAAGACGCGCCAUAUGCAGAUGAUCUCAAUUGGCGGUUCGAUCGGUGCCGGUUUCUUCGUCGGCUCCGGCAAGGCGCUUUCCAACGGUGGCCCCGGUUCGCUGCUCAUCGAUUUCCUCAUCAUCGGUGUCAUGAUGUUCAACACGGUCUACGCCCUCGGCGAGCUAGCCGUCAUGUACCCGGUCUCUGGUGGCUUCUACACGUACUCGACUCGUUUUAUUGACCCGUCUUGGGGCUUCGCUAUGGGCUGGAACUACGUCAUGCAAUGGGCGGCUGUCCUACCUCUUGAGCUUACAGUCUGUUCAAUGACAAUUGGGUAUUGGAAUCCGGAUAUCAAUGUCGCCGUCUGGAUUACCGUCUUCCUCGUCGCGAUCAUCGUCAUCAACAUUUUCGGCGCACUCGGCUAUGCCGAAGAAGAGUUUUGGGCGUCGUGCUUGAAGCUGGCCGCCAUCGUUGUGUUCAUGAUCAUUGCCUUCGUCAUGGUUCUCGGUGGCGGUCCCGACGGCAGCCGAUACGACCACUACGUCGGUGCGCGCCACUGGUACGAGCCCGGCGCAUUCGCCAACGGUUUCCGUGGGUUCUGCAGUGUCUUCGUGACGGCGGCCUUCUCCUUCUCCGGUACUGAGCUGGUCGGUCUUGCCGCGGCCGAAGCGGAGAACCCGCUGCGCUCGCUCCCUGGCGCCAUUAAGCAGGUGUUCUGGCGUAUCACGCUUUUCUACAUCCUCGGCCUCUUCUUCGUCGGCCUGCUCAUCCCCUACGACGACGGCAGUCUGUUGGGUUCGGCCAACCCCUACGCUGACGUGGCGGCUUCGCCGUUUGUGCUCGUCGGCAAGUACGCCAACCUCCAUGGCUUCGACUCGUUUAUGAACGUCAUCAUCCUGGUUUCCGUCCUGUCCAUCGGUGUGUCGGCCGUCUACGGUGGCUCGCGCACGCUCACUGCGCUCGCUGAGCAGGGCUACGCUCCCAAGAUCUUUGCCUACAUUGACCGGUCCGGCCGCCCGCUCUGGUCUGUGGUUGCCAUCAUUAUCUUCGCGCCCCUCGCCUACGUCAACCUUGACUCCGAUGGCCCGACCGUGUUUGACUGGCUUCUCGCCUUGUCUGGCCUGGCUGCGCUUUUCACCUGGGGCUCGAUCUGCCUCGCGCACAUUCGCUUCCGCAAGGCUUGGCUGCAGCAGGGCCACACCCUGGACGAGAUCCCCUUCCGCGCCAUCGGUGGUGUUUACGGCUCGUACCUCGGCCUCUUCCUCAACUUCCUCUGCCUCAUUGCCCAGCUCUACACCGCCAUCUGCCCCGUCGGUGGUGGCUUCAACGAUGCCCAGGGUUUCUUCAAGUCCUACCUCGCCCUUCCCGUCGUCAUCGCUUUCUGGAUUGGUGGCUUCUUUUGGAAACGCACCGGCUGGCUGCGCACCGAACAGAUCGACCUCGACACCGGUCGUCGCGAACUUGACUGGGAUGUGAUCAACGCCGACCGGGCGAGGCUGGCGGCGAUGCCGACGUGGAAGCGAUAUGUUCACACGUUCUUGAUUUAG